AUGGCGUCCACGCCCACUGACAGCAGUGCCGUGGAGCGAGGGGGGGCGCCUCCGUUUUGUUUUUUGUUGCCCCCGCCAGCGCCAUCCGACGUCUCUGCCACUGACAACACGUCAAAAACGGUGGACCAGUGGUUAUGGUACUUUUACCUUACAGCCUGGUCCCGCCCCUUUUUUUACCAUAGGGCGCUGCUACGCCCCACAAUUGUGAGCGACGAUAAUUACAACGUUGGUGUGGAGAAGGGGGGAGCUGGGAAUUUUGGUUUGUCCUUGGAGGAAUCGCUGGCGCUGGUGGGAUUUCCUGCCGCCGAUGUGGUUGAGGCAUACGAGGCGCGGUGGCGGAGUUUCUCUAAGACGUCGGGAGGUGCUGAUGUGCAAGCAGAAUCCCUGAAAAGGAUGGGGGGGAAUUGCAUGUAUCCUCCGCUCCCUCAUGUGGCUGAAUCGUGCUUUGGGCGGGCAUUUCGGGCCCUGGCCGUCCAUGACCACCUCUCCGCACCCGCACCCUCGUCGUCGUCAGUGACACCGCCCUCCAGAUCUUUGGAAAAGUUGGUGCAACAGGCCCUGGAUGUGACACGGCAACGUUGUUGUCCGCCGCCCCCAGGGGACGAAUCAGGGAUGGCGAUGACGGAAGAGAAGGCGAUUCAGAGCGCUCUCCAAGUGAUGAUUUCGCUGGAUGUUACAAUGACGCAAUGUCCUCUCUUAUUUACUUUGGAAAGCGUAACUUCCACCGAUGACAGUGGCCGGAGUAAGAAGUGGAAAAAGGUGGAAGAGGAGGAGGAAGGCGAAUUCAUCAGUGAGGCUCACCGCGCCCGCCUAUUUGCUGCACUUACCGUGGAGGCAUUUUCACGCGUAAAAAAGGCGUGUGCCUGCAUGCUGUUGGCGUAUGUAAAUUCCAGAUGCGGUAAGGUGGCAAAGGCCCGGGCAUGCGGCAUUGUUGUGGGUAUUGUGGAAUACGCCGUCGCGUAUCGCUGUUAUCGUGAAGAUGGCACGGGACGGUGUCCAUUGAGUGCUGCAGCGCUUCUUCUUUGCAGCCUUGUCGAGCUGCAGGAGGCUGUGAAACGCGAAAAGGUGCAGAAGUAUGGGAAGGAAGAGGCAGAAGAAGAGGUGCUCUCUGGUGGCCUUUUUGCCACUAUCACGGUGGCGUGUCUGCAGGAACUCUUCUUUGCUGCCGUUGUGGGCGGCGUAGUGACACCGCAUCGCCUCCCUCCUGUUGUUGCGAAGGAUGCGCCAAGAUCCAUCGGCAAGGUGGUCGUUGGGAGGAACAAACCGCAGCAGCAUCCACAAAAAGAAGAAGAUCCUUCUUUUCAAAUGACGGUUCGCCCUGCGGUGUCGCGCGCACUGACACUACACGAAGUUGAUGCGCUCCUGCAGGUACUCCUGCCGGUGUUACUGCAGCAAGUCGGAUUUGAAUGGCCCUGGUCGGAGUGUUUGCGAUGGGCUCGGGUGCUGGACAAAUUACAACAGAAAGAUGUAACAAGAGCAGAUGGCGUGCGGCUUAACAGUCGAGCAGCAUUUGAUGAGCUUCUCGCCGCUGUUGGACGCCGUACGUAUGUGUCACGUUUUCAAAAUAUUCUGCCGCAGAGCUACGAAUCCUUGUUUGCCGCGGUGGGAAAGGCCGCGGCAAACAACGACACUGCUGCGCAUGAUGAGGAUGGCGAGGGCACAGGCGAGGCAAGUGUGCGACAGCCGCUUUUUGUCAUCCCGACCUACUAUCAGGCUGCCGGGGAGAGGAUGAUAGAGUUUUUUGAGAGUUCCGGGCUCGGUGGGACGACGGCACAGGAGACGGAGCGCGUCUUGAUUCGCAACACGGAUGUGCAGCCCAUGAUUGUGCAGCUCCAGGCCCUCGGGAGUCGCAUGGAGGGCGUUGACGACAGCGACGGCCAUAAUUCUCUUGCCGACGACAGUGACCUCCUUUCCACCGCACGCCUUUCAGAGGAGGAGAAACACAGACUAGUGCUGCGUUACCGUUGCGAGGUGUUGUUGGCCUCCCUGGUGGUGUACACGCAGCUGCAAACCGUCAGUCUUGUACAGCAACUGCUGCGGCAGUUGGCGCCUUUAUUUGAAAAGCUUGCAUUACCACUCAUGCAGGAACGCACGCUGAGGCACCCGUUUGUGCUGCAACGCAGGCAAAGUUAUCUGAAUGAUGGCAGCAACUCUACCGAAGGGACGAUAGACUUCACACAGGAGUUCAAGGUUCUGAUGGAUGACAUUCGCUACGAGUUUUAUCCACUUGAAUGGAUUCCGGAGGCUAUCAACGCCCAAUUGCAAUGGCAGACUUCCGAAACAGAUGCCUCACAUUCCGCCUUCUACUCAGCGUUUGCCGCAGUGGCUUACCAGUUUGGGCUUGUCUUGCACGGGGGCCCGCAGGGGCUGCGAGGUGGGGAUGAUACGGACUACAAGGUCCGUAUGGAGGCGUAUCGAUUUUUUCACGUCUUGUUGUUGAACACACUGGUGGAUGCGGUGGCAUCUUCCUGUGAAUUGGAGGGUGCGAUGGCACUGGCGGCGACACGGCGCGUUGGCGGAGUCCAGCGGAAUACUGAUAAUAACAAUAAUACUAAUAAUAAUUGCAAUGACGAGAGCGUCCAGGCACAGCAGCUGCAGCAGUGCGGGGCAGCGUCCUUUCACGCCGUUGUCAACCCACACGAUGUAGUUCUUGCACUGGCGCAGUGUCUUUUGCCUCUCGAAUUGGUUUCACGCCCACAGCCCGUGACAGUGGCAGAUGUGGAGGGCCAACGCCCCAGUGCAGAGUGGCUGCGUCGUGUCAUUGCGUGGGCGCAGUCUGCAAGGACGCGGUGGGUGAUGCAGCUGCAAAAGGUGGGAGGAUCAACUGCACCUCUUGCGUCGUUGCCCAAUAGUCUCACCUUCGACGCGGUCCCGCUUGCUCGUGAGGUGGUUCGCGGGGUUCGGCGACGGCUAAUUGAGAAGCUGCACGUCAAACAAAUACCAUCAAUGGCGGGGCACUGCAAUUCAUCCGAUCCACUUCUUCAGCAGCACCUUUUAAGCCUUCAAGCACUUCUUGAGGGCCUUGCUUUGCUGCCGCAGCACCCCAGUGAGGAUAGCGCAGCAGUGCUUUCAGCGGCACAAUUGUUGUGGUCCUCGCCGCUUUUCUCACACGAGCUGCGACUCACUGGCCGUCUGCACCGUGAGCGCAUAAACAUACCUCCGCAGUCAGGCGAUGGCUUACUAGGGUAUUGA